AUGUUCCCAGCAAGCCGUCGUCAUCGUCGGUACGAAUUCAAGCGGGUGGAAGCGUUGAGAAAUCUUGCAGCCAUGGAGAACAGAUGCGAGGAGAAAGUUUCGGGCGAACGUCGACGCAUACAGCAGUCGGUGGAAUCCGGAAUGUGUGCUGGCCAACUGGCCUCCAAAAUCAAGAUGUGCAAAGCUUACGAACGACUGCAGGCGAGCACCGGAAAAGCCAGGUUCCGGAUGACGAAAGACGAACUGAAGAACGAAAUGCGCGAGGUUGACGCGAUGCAAUACGAUCGUUUGAAAGAGGAAGAAUACCGUCUGGUGAAAGACAGUAAACGAAUGGAACCGAAGAAAGUCUACCGACGCGUGGCAAACGUCGCGCGUAGAAGAGAUCGACGCAAGGCUUGCGUAGAGUCCAUUCAACAGUUAUUCGACGAAGAUUCGGACGACGAAGACGGCGACGACGACGAAGACGACGAAGAGUCCGUCAAGUUGGCAAAAACGCUCAUCGACGAAGACAUAUGUCAUCGGAUGACCCAAGUGCCGGUGGCCGUUGGCUGCAAAAUACGCACGACCGACGGGACGUGA